CCGUCUCCUUCUCUUACAAGGUGUUUUCUCUGGAAAGGAUGCUGGACCCGAAGGACCGUGGAGAGACAAUGACGUCCAGUCACAAGAUUCCCUUUUCUAUAAUUGAUAUAUUGGAUCCGAACAAAUUCAAUAGCAAAAGAGGAGGCGAACUUUCCAUCGUCGCUGAGAAGUUUACUGAGCCACGAGAAGAGGGAACAAGUGUGGAGUCGGACGGCACUGCAGGUGGAGACUUCAGAGUUGAGGGCACGAAAGCAGAGAAAGAGACAGGAGAUGAACCCUCCAUGCAUCGUGCAGUCGUUGCUGACCCGCUUGCCCUUUCCCCACCUCCGGGAACAGAGCUGUGCCUCCCCGGGGAGCAGGACGAGGCGGGGGCCGCGGCGGCCCAGCAGGACCCAUCGCCGCACAAGCGGCGGCGCCCGGACCAGGCCUGUGCCAAACCACGGCGCGCCAGAACAGCGUUCACGUACGAGCAACUGGUGGCUCUGGAAAACAAGUUCCGCUCAACUCGGUACCUGUCCGUGUGCGAGAGACUAAACCUCGCCUUGUCCCUGAGUCUGACCGAAACCCAGGUGAAAAUCUGGUUCCAGAACCGGAGGACCAAAUGGAAAAAGCAGAACCCCGGGGCGGACAGCACCUUGCAGCCCGGCUCCAACUCCCUGGUCAACGUCAGUCCAAACCCGCCCAACUGUGGGGCAAGCUCCGCCGGGUUCCACCAAACUUUUCCCAGCUUUAGCUCUGGUAACGUGAUGUUCCACGCGGCCGGCGCGCUUCCACUUUCAUCCGCUGGAGGGCUCUUGCAUCCCUUCAUGUCCAGUGGUUUCGUCCAGCCGAAUUAUUUUAAUCCACAUCUAUGA